AACGACUUCUGAUUGGGGCAUCAUGGGGAAUGUUACACAGAGGAACCUUAGUGGAACUCGAAGUUACACUUUUAUAAGACAGAACUGACUUUAGAGCAUCGGUCUCGGAUUUAAUGCAGAAGAUAUAAGGUAAAGCAGCGAGGAGGAUGGAGGCCCGUGCUCUAUACGAGUUCAAUGCAUCUGGGGAAGAUGAACUUAGUUUCAAAAAAGGAGACAUAUUGAAGAUCCUUGCAUCAGACGAUAACUGGUUUAAGGCAGAACUUAGGGGCAAUGAGGGAUAUGUUCCAAAAAACUAUGUGGAAAUGCAAACGCCAAGUUGGUUUUGCGAAAAAUCUACUCGUGUUGAAGCUGAGAACGUCCUCAUAAGCAAGCAGGUGGGAUAUUUCAUUAUCCGUGCAAGUCAAACAUCUAGAGGGGAAUUCUCCAUCUCAGUCAGACAUGAGGAAGAUGUGCAGCAUUUCAAAGUCAUAAGAGACAAGUCAGGAAAUUACAGCUUAUGGACAGAAAAAUUCAAGUCACUCAACAAACUUGUUGAGUAUUACAAAAACGUGUCCAUCUCUCGACAGAAUCAUGUCUUACUUCAGGACGAAGACUCUCCCCAACCACAGGCGGUAUCACAACCAAGAAGAAUUCGGCUUGUAAAAGCUCUGUAUGACUUCAAAGCCCUAGAACCGGAUGAACUUAGUUUCCAAGCCAAUGACAUCAUUGAAGUGAUGGAAGUCUCUAACGAUUCCUGGUGGCUUGGAAAGCUGGGACACAAAACAGGUCUCUUUCCAUCUAACUACGUAGCAAACAUUGACCGAUGACAGCAGGAGGCAAAGAGGGACUGAAAUAUUCACCCAGCAGAAAUUCCAGGAUUCUACCAGUCUGUUUCUCACUGGUUUACCAACUUUAGAGAAUAAUACCCACUUACAGCUUAUAGUGACAUGUAGUAUUUAUUGGGGGUGGGGGUCCUGAGUUUUCUAUAUCUUCUCUUUUCACAUGUUACUAUUUCUCUGCUGUAAUUAAAAAAAUGUUU